AUGGAUCCUGAUUCAGUGAAGUCGACUCUUUCUAAUCUGGCUUUUGGGAAUGUGUUGGCUGCUGCAGCUCGCGAUUAUAAAAAGGAAAUGCUGGCUAAUGAGAAAGCGCAAGCGUCAAGCUCGGCUAACGAGGAAGUCGAUCUAGAUGAAUUGAUGGAUGAUCCCGAACUGGAAAAAUUGCAUGCUGAUAGGAUUGCAUCCCUUAAGAAAGAAGCAGAAAAGCGACAAAAAUUGACAAUGAAAGGUUACGGAGAGUACAGGGAGAUUACCGAAGCAGACUUUUUAAGUGAAGUUACGGGCAGUGAAAAAGUGAUUUGUCAUUUCUACCACCGAGAGUUCUACCGUUGCAAGAUUAUGGAUAAACAUUUAAAGUCCCUUGCUCCAAGACAUUUUGGUACCAAAUUCAUCAAAUUGGAUGCUGAGGUCAGUGUAGGCGGCAAGCUUUCACUUCAAGGAUGA